AGCAAGCGAUGCAUGUGAUCUCGCCUCAGAAAGCAAAAAAACGGAGUAAAUAAUGCAUGAAGAGACUUUGGGAAAGAGACUCUGCAGGCCCUCGCCUUUGCAGCAAAAUCAAUAUAUGCUGGAGAUCAGCAUCGCAACCACAUGUAUCUAAUUAACCAGCUUCAGACCUCUGAAAGUCAUGAGAACAGCGUAAACUGCUGCCACUUCUUAUCAAACUGGCGUUCGACUUUACCUAAGACAAGUAUUGGUUCUAUUAAGUCUUGAACACGGAGAUGUCGGACAUUCUUUCCAGAAGAACUGGCGCGCUCGAUCGACUGCUUGCCGAGUUUGAUGAACCACCGCCGGUUCCUCCAAAGGACGACAAAAGCCUGUAUUUGAACAACCGGACAGGUGAAGUACAUGGCUUGCCACCAAGAAUAGUGCUGCCGAGAGACGCCUGGGAUGACCAAGAGUCUCAUGUAGCAGAUGAAUACGAUAGCAACCCUGAAGAUCUCGAGAUCAUUUCCGAGUCGGAGGAUUCAGCAGCAUUUGAAGUAGCCCAGACGCAGUUGCAUGACAAUAAAAACUCAUCAUACGAGAACAGAGCACCGACAUCGAUGAGACCGACCUUGCGUGCAACGACUAGAAUGACGAAGUCAGACGCCCUCCCCGACAGACGAAAAAAGGUGGUGACAUUCGCUCAAGAUCAUUGUCUCGAAGACCCUUCUGAAGAAGAGAGUGAAGGAAAUGUCUCCACCAGUCGAGUUUCAUCAGUUACUCCGCAGCUGGCACACCGGUUUGGUCGUUCUCGCGACGGCACUAAACGAAAACCAGCGCCACUCAACUUAAGUCGGCCAACUUCACAUACAGGCCAGUGGAAAGUCCUCAGAGAAUCAGAACUCUGGACACCUAUCGAUGAUGAGCCCAAUACAGCAGCUAUAAUUGCGAUGGACAUCGCUCCAAAAAUUUGCCCACUACCGUACAAGCCAAUCAGGUCAUUUCCUCUUAAACCCCGAGGAUCAAUGCGUCCAGCUCCUCUCCGGAUUCGUAAAGGUGUUCGCUUUGACAGCAUCAAAUCACCGUCUCACUUGCCUCUCAAAUCACCUGCUCUGACAAAGAAACUCGUCCGUUUUGACGUCGUUAAGUCACCGGCCGUUGCUAAGUUUAGGACUCCACCAACGCCUUACAGCAAUACACAAUUCCAAGUUUUGACUCCGCGCAGGAAGAGAAGCGUUCACUUUGAAAAGAUCAAGUCUCCGGCUUCAUCGAAGUUCAAGAUACCACCGACGCCAUAUCGCUUGGACAAAUUUGAAGAUUCGUUGUCAAUACGCAAGCGUCAAGUUCGAUUUGAUGCUAUCAAGUCUCCUGCCAGGUCUCACUUUACGACACCUCCCACUCCUUAUUACAAGGCUAGUUUUGCAACUUCAAGCACCAAAUUGAAACCUAGCGUUCGAUUUGCAAGCCUCAAGUCUCCGGCUGUUUCCAGCUUCAGAAUUCCGCCGACUCCGUACAAAAAGACCAGUUUCAAUAUCUCAUCUUCACCUCCAGACAUUUCUCCUGUCACACCACGAGCAAUGCACAUCGAAGUCCCAGAAAUUGAGCCAGAUAGCCCAAUAAUCAAAUCCUUAGCAUUCCGUUCGAUAUCUACGACGAUGGACGACAGUUUCAUACAAGACUCAUUACACAGAUUUAAGCAUCCAUCGGACGGCAAAAAAUUUGAUUCCCCACUUCGAACGACCUUGCAUAGAAGAAAUUCUUCAUUGCCUAAGGAGAUGUCCGAAAAUGAUUAUCUUGAUCCCAAUAUGCCUUUAUCCACGAAGUUUAAUGAAAGCGCAGUAGGCGCAAGCACGCUGCGGUGGCUUGGAAUGCUACCGAAGACUACAUAUCGUGUCAAUCAAAACAACAUCACAGAUCGAAACAAAAUUCUGGGUAGCUAUUUCCACAAGACGACGCCUUUAAAUUGAACGAUGACUAUGUAAUAAUGUAAAAUGCUUUACAGUUUAGAUCCUUGGAA